AUGGGGUCUGCUACUACUGUCUCGAAACGAGGCAUCCUCAUCGUCAUCGAAGGUCUUGAUCGCUCCGGAAAGUCCAGCCAAUGCCAACGUCUUUUCGAUCGAUUCCAAUCGCAAGGCCGAAAGGUCCGCUAUGUCAAGUUCCCUGAUCGAUCCACGCCUACAGGCCAGAUGAUCAACAGCUACCUGACGGGCCAAGCCCAACAAGAUGACCACUCGAUCCACUUGAUCUUCAGUGCCAACAGGUGGGAAGCAAUUAAAUCUAUUUCCUUGGACCUUCUGUCUGGCAUCGACGUGAUUGUUGACCGAUAUUCUUUCUCUGGAGCCGUCUACUCUGCCGCAAAGCAAAAUCCGGAUUUAUCUCUUGAAUGGGCAUGGUCACCCGAGAUCGGCCUCUUGAAGCCAGAUUUGUUGUUCUUUUUGGACAUUUCUUCAUCUGACGCUGCCAAACGUGGUGGCUAUGGUGCCGAGAGGUACGAGAAGGAAGAAAUGCAAUCUCGCGUCCGGACCUUAUUUAAGGGACUGUUCGCAAGACUUGAUGGAGUCGCCGUUCAUCAGGUUGACGCCGGCAGGACGAUGGAGGAGGUCGCUGCCGAUGUCCUGUCGAUUGUUCAAGGGACGACAGAGGAUGAAACUCUUACGUCUAGUGAUUUGCAGAAAUUGGGCCCAUUGCUCGACCUAAGGUCUUGA